UUACAACAAAGUUGGAACAUGAUUUGCAGCAUCAGAUUGUUCGCUUCAAACAUUCGUAGUGUUUUCGGAGAUUCAUCUUGUUACUACCAAAGAUGUUCGUAGAUAUGGAGCUUCGAACUAUUAUGGAAACAAACCCUAGAUUUCUAGGUUGAAAUAAAACCCUAAUGAUUGCCGGGUAGCGCCGCACCGUGGAGCUUUUGGGUCAACAAAUAGCACUUCCUUCGUCCAUUCUUUCAUCGUCUUGUAUUCGCCGUAGAGUCUUCACCGUAGAGCCUUCUGGUUGUGUCGUCGGUGUCCAUGACCACUUCAGCGUGUAUUAUGUUGGCUCCCUUUGCGGUCAGAUUUGUAGAGUCAGUUGGUUCGAUUUUUUUGUUGCUGUGUGCUUCUGGAGUAGGUCUUAGUUGGUGGUGGGUUUGCUUUAGUCUUGGGCUUGUGGGUUUGUUUCGUGGAGAGAGGAUGUGGGUGAUUUUGAUGAUAUGAUAUGCAAGUCUAACUCAGCGGAGGCCUAGCAAUCUUGCUAUGGGUCACAACAGACAGCUGACACAUCCUCUUGGUAUCAUAUGUUUGUAUUACCAUUUGUAUGUAUUAGGGAUAAUUUGUCUCACCUUUAAGGCAGAGCAUCAGAGCGGUUGGACUUGAAACACCCAGCUAUGGCUUUAGAUGCUUUGAGGUGCAGACCAGAGAGAUGUGAACCCCUCCGGGAUCUGGUGACUCCUGAGCUUAGAGCCUCGAAAGGGUUGCGACAUUUGUUUGAUAAUGUGUCCGCUUGUCUUAAGGGUUUGUGGUAGAAUACUAUGAAUGUGUCUAGGGUUAACCAUGAGGCCAUGACGAGAACUUUUUCCCGAAUACGAGGCGAAGUGCCUUUGAGAUGUACCUUUUAAUUCUGAGCCUACUUGAAGUGACCAGCUGAAGAUUAAGGUUGAUGGCACUGUGCACUGACUUUUAUUCACCGAAACUGAAUUAAAUAGAGCUGGGAAGGUUUUUCUCACGCUUCCCCAUGAAAUGAAUUGUCAUGUGUGAGAAGCACUGUUCAGUUGUGUCUCAGAAUAUUGGUAAAAUCAACAUGAUUAAGUGACUGACGAACACACAAACCACAUGACCAGAUAGUGUCAUGCAACAUAGUCCAAGUUAUGGUUAACAAACUACCGGAUAUAAAGGCAAUGUAUUGGAACGCUCCAGUUUUUAUAACCUUGCACUAUGAAAUGGUUUCAGAACUGUACAUGACCCAUUCCAUUUACUAAUUUGGAAUUGUGGUUUGAGUAUAGCAAAUUCAGUGUCAUCCAAACACCUACAUCAUACCUGAACUGACUCUGCGAAGACUGUAUCGUGGCAAUAAAUGUCAUAUGGGACGAAGGGCGGAUGGGUGGUAACCAUGACAAAUCAAUGUAGCCACUCCUGAUAGUUGGUCACGGAAUGAAAACGCGAUCUGGAAGAGCCCCAGCUUUUAGGUCGCGGUAUCAACACGCUGUACACGCUUGCCGAGAAAGCUUGAGUGCCUUGUGCAAGUCACUUUUUCUGCAUCUCCCAAACCCCUGCAUCCGGACAAAUAGAUCAUCGUUCACGCUUUGGUGCCAGUUGCGCGCUCAUUCUCAGAGUUGCUCAUAGUUUCUAAUGGAAUUCGGGAGAUGGGGAGAUGGCAAACACCUUUUUCCUGACGCUUAGGUUCUCUGUUUUCGUGUUCAAAGAUGAAGCUGAGGAUGAUUAGUUGUGGGAGAAGUUUAUUGUCAGGGGAUUGGGAAAGGCAGGUUUUUGUGCCAUGGGAAAGUUCUAGAGCCUACAGCAGAGACGCUUAAUUUCGUCGCCGUGCAUGUGAAGAUUGUGGAGGGUCUGUAGGCAUUCACUAGCACUCUCUGGAUUGUUGUUGUCUGGUUGACGCUGUGGAAUUGACGUUUGGGAGCGAUUUGGGUUAUUCGAAUUUUUGAGAGAAGUAUUGUGACUUAUUUGGACGCAAUGGCCAGUUCAGACUUGAUAGAAUCACCUUUGGGCACACCAAUACCCUACGUACCUCCUUCAAGAGGAGGUUCAAUUGUACGGAGAAGGUGGCCGUCCGUGAGGGCUUCUGCUGCGAGGAAGAGCGGGCUCUCGCUCUCAACCGGCACUAGAUCCUCCCUGAAUGGCGGACCGCCGUCGUCAAGGAAAUCCAGGGCAAAGUCGGGGGACCUAAAGCUCAGGAGCGUUAGCCAGGUCCAAACAUUCUUCAAGGAGCGGACCUUGAGCAAGGCUGAUGCUUCCAUUCGUGAUCGCACGGCUAGUGAAGGACAUCUCUUCCUCAAGGCCCUUGCUACCGAUGCUCCCUUCCUUGAGACCUUCAAGAGGGAGCCACCUUUGUCAAAGGAAUCGUCGUCGUCAUCUGAGGAAUACGAAGGUAUACUGGAUGAGGAAUUGACAGGCCUUAACAAGAAGGCAAAAGACCUUGAAGCUGGCGGCAUCAAACUGUCUCCACCUGAAUCAGAGUUGGACGAUGUCUGCAUUGAAUGGGCGAAAAUGCCAUUCGUCAUGCCAUCCGAUGAGAAAGUGUAUCAUAUUCGAGCCCUCUCAAAGAAGAAGGAAAGGGAGGAUGCGCAGAGGGAUAUGUUUCGUUCUGUACAAGACAAGACCACAUUUGCAUCUAGAUCUGCAGCUUUUGUUGGCUCAGAGAGGCUAAAAAAUGAACUGAAAGCAAUGGAUCAAGAAAUGGAGCAGCUUUUGCUAUCGCUGAAGCAGCAGCCACCUAUGCUUCAAACAUGUUACUAUCAUCGUGAUAAGGAAAACCUGCAAGAAUUUGUUGCAAAGAAGAGAGAAAUUUUCUUUGUUCAAAUGAGCUUGGAUACGAAACGAUCGGAGAUUCGCAAGCUUGAAGAACGUAUUUUUCAGCGAGAAGAGGCACUCAGAAAAAGUGAAGAGAUGCUAGAGGAAGACAGUAUCGAGUUCGAUGCAUUUCUCAAAAAGAACGAUGAAAAGAUGCAAGAAGCCCUCAAGAAAGCAGAAAAGAACACCAAAUUGAAACAAGACAAGGUGAUGGAAAUCAAGAAGUUGAACACUGAAAUGGGGAUUGUGAGGGCCGAAGUGAGCAAGUAUGAAGAGCAACUCGAAGACUGCAAGAAGUACAAGGAAUUUCUGGUGAGGCUUACUCCCUUCGAGUGGUUUGAAGAGCAAGCUAUUCUGAAGUCUGAACGAGAAGAGCAGCGCCGAAACCUUGCUAGUCAAGGUGUUACGACGCCCACUGAACCGGAAGAGGAGGAGGAAGUGACAUAUUUUCAGCAUCCUCAUCAGCUGCUAGAGAUCUACAACGACAUAGAAGUUUCAAAUCUUGCGCUUCUACAACAAUGCCAAGAAAUAGAGGGCAUGCUUGAGUCUUUUAAAACCAAAAUGCGAGAUGCAAGGGCUACAAACGACACUGAUAUUAACAGCUUGCGAUCCCAACUUGCUGCUUUGCAAGCUCAGGUGAGGCUAGAAGAUGAAAAACAAGCAACUCUGAAGAGGAACGCGAGCCUAAACGUGGAGGGCACGGAGCAUGAGAUUACCUUUGAAAUGCUGUGCACCAAAGUAUUGUCCACGUAUUUGAGGUGUGGAAUGGAUCCCGACCCGAGCCUUGGAACCCUGCAAAUGCUCUCCAUGAUUGAGCAAAGGAUGGAAGAUGGUCUGCAGAUGUUGAAAGGCAUCCCACAGGAGUUCAUGAAGGCUACGGAAAAAGCUCGUGAGAAAGAACGACGAGAGAAGGCCCGAGAAGAUAAUAUGACCGCACUGGCAGCAGCUUUGGAGGAGCGUCGGCGGAAAGCCCUUGCUCGUUCCAAGGCCCCAAUCCCGAAAAGGAUAGGGAAGCCUCCCAUGCCGCGGUCGUUCCUGCCACCGAAGAAGAAGAAAGAGGGCGUCGAUAAGAGCGGAGAAAGCGAUGACGCUGAGUUUGCCGAGUUCCUGGGUCGUGAUUACUGAUCCACGCCACUCUUUUGGGUGCAUACAGAAACUCCGGCAAUGCUGGUUAAACUCUUUUACAGAAUCUAAGCAGCGCCCAAUUUGAGAAAUUUGAAAAAAAGUUUCGGAAUGCACACCGAUCAUGGAAUCCCUUGCUACAGGGCUUUUAUCCAGGAUGACAUUACUCUCGACUACUCAAGUGUGUUGAUCUUUGACCUCGUGCUGAUUCUUGUGAAGCAUGUGUACAGAAUGGUAGCCAACCACAAUAGUGAGCUUAUACUAGAUAGUUAUUUCAUUUCAAAUCCUUGAAAUGAUGAAGGUUUUUUUUUUCGGGAAACGAGGAGCGAUUUCCUUCCGGUUGGCUGGCGUUCUAUUGAACCAGGCGCUGGAAUCAUCACGAAUCGUGUGUUCUGCUUGUUGAACUCCUCGAUGAACACAAAUGUAGAUAUCAUUCACGAGUUUGCAAUGAAAACAUCUUAUCCUA